UCCCAUACCAAGAUUAAGACACUUCUUCCUCUUCUCAUUUCAGUCCCCACAACACAAACAUCAUCAAAACGGAGCAAAACAAGAGAAAAAUGCGCUUGUCUUACGUUUGGGAAGGAGAACAGAAGGAACUAGGAAGACAACAAGCACCUGGCUCUUGUCCUUUCUGUGGAGGCAAAGUUGAAGCCAUGGAUGUUGAGGUUCAAACCAAGCUCUGUUUCUUACCCAUGUGCUUUCAAAUCAAGAGAAAAUAUUCCUGUACUCUUUGUUCUAGACGGUUAGAAAUUUUGUAUGAGAAUGCUUAGUUUGUUCUUAUUGAUUAAUGUUGUUUAGGAUUAUGUUGAUGUUUGUUAUUAUGGGUAAAACAUGUACAAUGUGGUUAACUUGUACCUUAAAAUUGGUCCCAUUUUUAGUACUUUUGAAUCAAAUCAAAGGUUGUGUGGAACUGUAGAUCCAGAAAAAGAUUAUUGAUAUUUGAUUUGCAUUUUGAUGUUGGAA